AUGACAAAAAGGCAAGAGGUUAGUUCGCAGGAGGCUAUUGAAACAAAGAACCUUGCUUCGGAUAUUGCUGAUAUUUCCAUAAAAGAAAAAUCUUCAAGUUCUCCCACUACUAGUUGUUAUCAAGAUGGUGGUUUCUUGUGGAAUGAUGAUUUUGCAAAUAAUUCGGACUCUAUAAAGGAGGACAAGGUUGGUUCUUUGUCUUUCACCGUAACCAGUGCGACUUCAUGUCAACCGAAUGAAUUGAAUAAAAAAUCAGUUAUGAGUGAUGGGAUGAAUUCGAUUCAGAGGUCUCCAGAACUGAAGAGUCCUGUUGCAAAGCCGGCAGCUCGGACCAAACUUCCUUUUGAAAAAGGAUAUAGUCAAAUGAAUUGGCUUAAGCUUACUCGAACACAUCCUGACCUUGCAGGUUCUCUUACUUAA